UGUCACUCUUCAGCAUUGUACAAUUAGAGGUCUGAGUAGACUGCAGUGAAAAGCAACGGGGAAAAUUGUACAGUAUAAUAAUCUGUCACUGGAGUAGCGACCGGCAGACCGGCUGCAAUCCUCAUCGUUUGAAUGUCUGGUGACACAGCGCGAGAGGUGGGCUUCGAUUGUCAAGUCGCAAAGGUGCAUUCAACAGCAGAUAUAACGUCGGGGAUGGAACAAGUCACAUUGAGCGACCGGUUCGACUGCGACAACUGCAAGGAGUCCCUGUACGGACGCAAGUACAUCCAGGCGGACGGGGGAGAGGGGGACAACCCCUACUGCAUCCCCUGUUACGACAGCCUGUUCGCCAACACCUGCGACGAGUGCAAGGAGCUAAUCGGCCAUGACGCCAGGGAGCUGUUCUACGAGGACCGGCACUACCACGAGCACUGUUUCCGUUGUUUCCGCUGUGACCGCUCGCUGGCGGACGAGCCCUUCACCAGCCAGGAUGAGGCGCUGCUGUGCAACGACUGCUACUGCAACGAGUUCUCAUCCAAGUGUGUGGCCUGCGACAAGACGGUCAUGCCAGGCACAAGGAAGUUGGAGUAUGGUGGCUCCACAUGGCACGAGGGCUGUUUUAUCUGCCACAGCUGUGAGCAGCCCAUCGGCUCCAAGUCCUUCAUCCCAGACAAGGAUGAACACUACUGCGUGCCCUGCUACGAGGACAAGUUCACCCCGCGCUGCACCCGCUGCAAAAAGGCCCUGGCUAAAGGGGGCGUGACAUAUCGGGAUGAGCCGUGGCACAAGGAGUGCUUUGUGUGUACGGGCUGCAAGGUGCAGCUGGCAGGGCAGCACUUCACCUCGCGUGAAGACAGCCCCUACUGCCUCAAGUGCUUCGGCAGCCUAUACUCCAAGAAGUGUGAGGCCUGCAGCAAGCCUAUCACAGGUUUUGGUGGAGGGAAGUACAUCUCGUUUGAGGAGCGCCAGUGGCACCAGCCCUGCUUCACCUGCACAGAGUGCUCUGUCUCUCUGGUGGGGGCGGGCUUCUUCCCCAAUGGAGACCAGAUCCUGUGUCGCGACUGCAACACCAAUAGCAAUCUAUAAACCCCCCUAACACACACAAACACCGCUUCGCCCCUCUCCUCACACACUCCUGCCUAGGUCAACCCCAGGGCCCCCCCACCACUGCCAAGGCUGUUAACACAGACCCACAGACUGCCUCUCAGGUCAUGCCCACACACACACACACACACACCUUGCUCACUAGACCACAGCUCGAUCCCUCAUCCUCCCCCAGUGCUUUCUGCUGCUUGCUGUCAAAUACCAGAGCUAAGCAUCAGGCUACUGAAGCACAAACACAGACAGAAAUCAGCCAGACUAAGGUUGGUCUAACUUGGCAGAAGCACGUUCUCAUUGUUUGCAUUACCAAAUAGACCUACUUUUCCUUCACCUGUAUUGAUGGGUGACUUUUAGGUCAGAUUAUGCUUGGUUUAACAGAGGGAAAAGUAUUAUCUUUGGACAGAAUUGGACCGUUAUGAACGAUAGCUGAACGAUUAACUGAUUAGUGGUGUCAUUUGAUGGAUUGCCAAUGAUCUACCAACCAAAAUAAUGAUUUACCAAAGAAGUAAUAUCUGCCAUCAAAUAAUUAACUGGUAUGGGUGAAAACCAUGGGUUUGAAUUCACUGAAUAAUUGAAUUCCAGUAUCACUACUCCUAUGUGCUGUAUUUGAGGCUAUAGCAUUUUAAUAUGUGAGGAUAACAUUGACCAACAUGCAAUUUGUCCAUCGAACAUUGUUCGAAAUCAUACUAUUUUGAUGUAGUUGCUAUUGAGAGGGAGAUCCACUCCAAGGCUUUCUUUCUCCACACAAAAUCUUGACUAUGUGGAAAAACUGUUAUGUGCCUUUAAAAAAUGCCAUACAUUAUAUAGUAUGUAUUAUCAAACGAAAGAAAUAUGCUAACAGCUAUGCAAACUACUUGCUAGAUUUUGUAUGAACGCAUCACCACUAAUCUAUGAAAGCGACACUUUGUAAAGCAGCCACAGGACACUGAUAUUUACUACAUUGUAUAUAUGUUAUGCAAGUAAAGUAUGCUUGAUUGAGUGUU